AUGAGGCUGGGCAGGAGUCCUGGGGUCAGCCAUUCAGAGCCCUUCUCAUGGAGCUACCGUCACCCUGAUUCCAGGCAUCAGCAAGACGGAGCAGUAGCACUCAGUUCUGUUUCUCAGCUUCAAGUCCAGACAGAGAUGUUAUGUGCCACUCUGCAGAGUCAGCAAAAUUUUCAUGAUGUUACAGUCUCUGAAGAAACACUGGAGUUAGCCCAAGUUUUGUCUCUUCUCGCUUCCUCAACUCUACUCACCUCUCACUCCACUUCGGUCAGCGGUGGUUCACAUCACGACGGAGGGCUCUUUGUAAAGCUGCCAGCGUCGGGCGCGGAGGGGAUGUGCAGAGAAAGGCAGAAUCACCGCAGGCACUGCCACCGAGACCACACCACCCAGGAAGCCAGAUCUCGCGGGAACUCGGGAGUGACGGGCACCAGGCACGGGAGUCCUCAGAUGACAAACAGGUGGGUGCCCUGGUGCGAAGGCAAGCAGUUUGGCUCACACCACCUAUCCUGCAAUCCGCGGAGCUCAGAGACUCCUUGUGCCCACAAUCAGAGGCAAAAUGUAGCAGUGCCUUCACCCAGAGCUCCUGCCAGGCUCCGGGGAGUCUCUCUGGCUACAAGGCUGAGCAGGGGAGGGACCGCCCCACGGCGGCGCGGGGCAGCGAACUGCGCAUGUGCCGCCCUCAAACUACCGCCUGGCAGGAUCCCGAGAGGCCGCUGCAGCUUUGCUGCUUCUGCUGCGCAGGCCGAUGUCUGCCGUAGCCCAAGGCCCCAGCGAACCCCAACCAGCCAUUCCAUUCUGGUGUCCAGCAAUAGGCAGUGUCGUGCCUGCAGAGAGCCUGAAUGGAAGCUCGCCUGAUAUCAUUAGUGCUAACAUCUGUGGCCGUCUCCACCUGCCAGGUCCGCAGCCAUCCUCCUCCUCCUCUUCCUGCGGACGGAUGCUCUGGCCCCAGAGCAGGGAGUCUGCUGGUGUGCUACAGGGAACCAAGCGAGCAUUAGCAUGUGACCGUGGAUCAGCUUUGCAGGAAUAUUGGAUUCCACAAACGGAAGAACGUUUUGAAAAAAGCAGUGCAAUAAAUUAUCAAUGGCUGAAGGCAACAACCAAUCACAAAGAAGCCAGGAGUUUUCCUAUACCACAUGUGUUUUUCUUUAUGCAUUUCAUUUAUUGUGAGAUGUUACAUGACAUACGAUCACGUGCAUCUCAGGCAUUUUUAAUUUGGAAAGAAACACAGCAGCUGCUCAAAAUAAAGGAAACUUUGACAUCUUUAAGUCCUCUGGGCUGCAGCCAUGCACCAUGCAGAGCAGAAUUCUCAUUCCUCAUGUGCCUGUUUACUUAGAUGUAGGCUUAUUUUCAGCACUGCCAGCCUUGGUUUUCCCGUGUGUAGGAUUUCCUCGUGUUUAUGAGAGUCGUGAAUACUACAGAAGUAUGUAUCUCCUAUCAUCUUCUUCCAUUUCAGAUACCUACUCCAAGGCUCAUCAAAGGUUAAGUUCUUGUUAGAGUUUCUCAGCUCUUGAUUUACCAGUUUCUUUUGUAAAAGAUUAUAUUUUGUGUGCUAACAAAGGGGAGUACAGAAUCAGAUUCUUUAGGCAAGGAUUGCAGAAUGAAGCCUAUCUCACUACACUUUCUUCCAGAUCAAUCACAAGUAGAGACACAAAUUAAAGCACUAUUACUUAUGAAUGAUGAUCUAUUUUCCUUUCUAGCAACUCAAUAAAUAAAAAUUGAUUAGCAUUCAUCAACAUUUAGAGUGUUAGUUUUUCCCUUUUGACAGACUUUACUGCAGAAUUACUUUAAGUAGUGAAUACUGACAAUGCAGAAUAUUAAAAGACGAUUUAAUUUGUAGAAUGUUGUCAGGAUAAAGUUAGAAUGUGCAGUGUUAUCUCUUUCCUGAAGCUGAUUAUCCUGACCACACUGAACUCAACUUUCUGGACUGAUAUAAAUCAUCCAUGAAGCAGCCAAUGAGAACAGGAGCCAUAUUUAUACCAAUAAACAAAAAAAAAAGGUAUAAGUAAGAAAAUCCCCUUUGCUGUGAUGCAUGCAAAUGGCCCCAGCCUUAAGCUCCCUAGACUAUCUCUAUAGACUUGGGUCCCAGGGUAUUCUUCCCUAAUCCUCCUAAGGUCUUUAUUUUGUGCUGGUUUUGUCAGACUUCCUAGUCAUUUUAAUAAAACCAUUAGCUACUUUCUGCUGAUGGUUGUCCACAACAAAUUCAUUCUCUCAUGUGACAUUCAUGUAUUGUUACCCUUCUUUAAAAUACAGAUUUCUUGUUUUUCAAAAAGAUUAAGCUCCCUCGUGAUAUUAGUUUGAAUAUGUCUAUUAUAUUUUCCACAGUUUGCGGGUACAGAGUAUUCAGAGAAAGCAGCUGAUAUCUAAUUACAUCAGGUAUAUGUAAAACAAAGCAUACACCUCUGUUGACUUGUCAUGCAUUGCUUUUAGUGACAUAUAUUAAUUUUUUCAAAUAUAUCUUAUAUUUACAAACCAAGAUGGAUGUUAUAAAAAUCAGUACAAGUAAAAGGCUAGGAAUAAUAAGAGUACAUAUUUCUGGUCACCAAUCUAGUAACUGUGAGCUUCUCAUUAAAAUUAUUCUUUUCAGUUUUGUAUAUUUCCUUUAUGUCCUUGAAAAUCCUGCAUUUUGUUCCUAUCAGUUUUGGCUGUGACUUAUCUACUUCUAAUUUUUAUUAAUCACCGAUUUGAACUUUUCCAAGUCAUAUUAUAUUGAAUUUGACACAAUAAUUGGCAAUAUAGAUAACUCUUUUCAGGUUUGAGGCAAAAUUAAGACAAUAACAUUUGGUUGUAUUUUAUUCCUAUUUAGAACUCCUUAAGUGUUUUCUAUUUCUGCACAUUGAUAUUGUCUAGGGUUUGAAGAAAAAAAUCUGUGCCUAC